AUGAAGACAGCCACGGUGCCAAUGCUUCUGACCCUGGCAUUUUAUCUCACACAAGAUGCCGCUGGUGAGAAAGGAAAUCAGGACCCAUGCAUGAAAUUUCAAGCAUGGAUGAAAAAUGGUAUGCUGUCAUGUCCCGAAGGCAACAGUCCUUCUCAAAGUCUCAGUGACAUCAUUUUCCAAAGUGAAUGCAUCCUGUGCAAAAGAACACUAGAACAAGGAGCACCUUCCAAGAUCAUGAACGUGAGGGUUUUGUCAAGAGCCAGCAGGGCCACUGCUCCAGCAAAGUUGAACUGUGAGAGUUUCAAGCAAAGAAGAAAAGAUGGGGAUUUCAUCUGUCCAACUGACACUUCUGCAGUCUGUGGCACAGAUGGGAAAACAUACCGCAGCAGAUGUGAACUGUGUGCUGAGAAUGCGAAAAGCCAGAACCAUGUUGACAUAAAGAAUGAAGGUGAAUGUGGCAGCAGCCAUCUAGAGACGGAUAUGUGCAGUGAUUUUCGAGCCUAUGUGCAAGAUGGAAGACUUGGAUGUACACGGGAAAAUGAUCCAAUUCGUGGUCCUGAUGGGAGGACACAUGGCAAUAGGUGUGCCAUGUGUGCUGAGCUCUUUUUAAAAGAAGCUCAAGAAAAUGCCACACGUGACAGAGAGAGCAGAAUUCGGAGAGAUGCUGAGAAGGAACUUUGCAAGGAAUUUGAAAACCAAGUGAGGAGUGGAAGACUCUUCUGUACCCGGGAAAGUGACCCAAUCCGCGGCCCUGACGGCAAGAUGCAUGGGAACAAGUGUGCCCUCUGUGCUGAGAUAUUCAUGAGGCGUUUUACAGAAGAAAAGGGUAAAACAGAGAAAAACCAGGGAGAUGCUGAAGAAAGGGCUAAAGCUAAAAUGGAAAUUCAGAAACGAUGUAGUGAAUUCCAGGAUCGUGCAAGGAAUGGAACACUGUUCUGCACCAGAGAAAAUGAUCCUAUUCGUGGUUUGGAUGGAAAAACACAUGGCAACUUGUGUUCCAUGUGCCAAGCUUUCUUCAAAACAGAAGCUGAAGAAAAGAAGGCUGAAUCUGGAACCAGAAACAGAAGAGGGUCUGAAGAGUCAGAAACAUAUGCAAAACUAUGUGAUGGAUAUCGCAAGGCCAGGAAGAAUGGACAACUAUAUUGCACCAGAGAGAAUGACCCCGUCAGGGGCCCUGAUGGGAAAAUCCAUGGCAACACAUGCUCCAUGUGUCAGGCUUUCUUUAUUCAAGAAGACAAAGCAAGAGCAAAAGUUAAAAGAGAAGCUGCAAAGGAAAUGUGCAGUGAGUUCCGGAACCAAGCAAAAAAUGGAAUGCUUAUGUGCACCAGAGAAAAUGACCCUGUUGUUGGGCCAGAUGGAAAAACACAUUCAAACAAGUGUGCAAUGUGUGCAAGCUUUCCUAUACGCCUUUCCUCGAGAGUUGCCUUAUUUGGAAUCUCUUUUGUGAAUGCGCUCUGUAGUAAAUACCGUACCCAGUUACGAAAUGGGCGGCUCCGCUGUACCAGAAGGAAUGACCCCACCGAGGGCCUGGAUGGGAAGAUCUAUAAAAAUGCCUGUUCCAUGUGUGAGGCCUUCUUCCAGCAAGAAGCAAAGAAAAGUGAAGCUGGUUUCAGACCAAAGGUUAAAAGAGAAGCUAAGGUUGACUGCAGUGAAUUUCUGGCUCUUUCAAAAGGUGGAGAACUGUACUGCACACGAGAAAAUGACCCUGUGCGUGGCCCAGAUGGCAAAACCCAUGGCAACAAGUGUGCCAUGUGCAAGGCUGUCUUCAAAAAAGAAAAUGAAGAAAGAAAGAGGAAAGAAGGGGAAAAUCAGAGAAUCACCUCCGGUGAGAGUCCCAGUGGUGGGAGCCCGAAGGCUAAGGAUGAAUGUGCUCAAUAUCGGGAAAGCAUGAAACAUGGACAACUCAGCUGUACUCGUGAGAGUGACCCUGUACGUGGUGCUGAUGGGAAACCCUACAACAAUAAAUGUGUCAUGUGUAAAGAACUACUGCAGAGAGAAAUGGAGGAAAAAAAUAAAAAUUCUGCCUCAAGAUCAAAUGGAACUGGAUCAGCAACAGGAAAGGAUGUAUGUGAUCAGUUUAGAAGCCAAAUGAAAAAUGGGAAACUCCUCUGCACACGGGAAAGUGACCCUACCCGGGGUCCGGAUGGCGCAAUGCAUGGCAAUAAGUGUGCCAUGUGUAAGGAAAGACUGGAAAGAGAAGCUGCUGAAAAGAAAAAGAAAGAGGACGAAGACAAGAGAAACACUGACACAAACAAGAGCGAUAAGGAGGAUCAAUGCCAUGAAUUCCGAAGCAUGCAGCUAGAUGGAAGGCUGAUCUGCACCAGAGAAAAUGAUCCCGUUCGAGACGCAGAUGGCAAGAUGCAUGUUAACAAGUGUGCUAUGUGUCAGAUGAUGUUUGAGCGCGAAGCUAGUGAAAGAAAAAUGAGAGAAGAUAAUUCACACUCCCAGCCCACAAAUGAGGCAAAGGACCAGUGUGGGGAAGUUCAUAACUCAGCAGAGAAUGCCAAACUGAGGCAGGCCAGGAGUUCUUUGCCCGACAUCCCUGGGAUCAGUGAAGAUGCGUGCAGUGAGUUUCACCAUCUCAUGAAGAACGAAAAACUUACCUGUCCAGAAACAGAUGACCCGGUGCGUGGUGCUGAUGGAACCUUUUAUCAGAACAAGUGCCACAUGUGCCGAGAUGUCCUUGAAAAAGAAGCUAUGCAAAGGUCAGGGCUUCAAGAAAAGCCAUCAGACAUUAGGUCUACUAAAGAAGGUGAUCCACAAUUUUCCAGCUCCUCUCUGGACUCUGACAUGUGCAAAAACUACCGAAUAUUACCCAGAAUGGGUUAUCUUUGCCCAAAGAAUCUAAACCUUGUCUGUGGUGAUGAUGGCCAAACAUACUCCAACCCUUGUAUGCUCUGUCAUGAAAACCUGAUGCGUCAGACUAAUACACAAAUACGUAAACAAGGGGCAUGUGAGGAGAGCAGCAACCUGAAGACAGUAUCUACUGGCACACCUGCAUCUGAAAAAAUGAUGCAAUGAUUGGUGAAUUCACAGAGAAAAAGCUAAGCCUCGAUUCUGAACUGCCUGCCUUCACCAACUAUGUAUAUAAAGAAUUCUUCAAACUCAUCUUUUUACUAUAGAAAAUAAUGCAGAGCUGUUGGUAUUGGACUCACUAGUUUUCAGUCUUUCCAUCUCUUUCCCUCUAGACUCAGUGAUCUGAGGACGUGGGGAAAUCUCCACUCAGUCUGUGCUCUGGAAAUCUGAUCACAAUGUUGUCUAUCCAGCUGCCUGUUUAAUAAAAGUAGAAGCUCAGCAGAACAUCCUUUUGGGGAUUUGUUUAUCACUGCUAGAUAAUAGGAAUAUUAUUAAUAGUUGCUGAAUAUAUGGUGCCCUUUGUCUUGCUAAACACAGUGGUAGACAAGUUGCUGCCAUCAUUGAAGAAGUGGAGCAAGAUGGACUCUGAGGCAUCCAAUACAUGUAUGAAGCUACCUGUUAAAAUGUCAGGCCCCUAACUAGUGUCUGUAUUUCCAUAAAUACCAUACCUCAAUUAUAUAAGUUUUAUAGUUGACACCAUCCAUUACUUUCUCAUAACUAAUUAUUUAUCUCUUUAUAAUUAUUUUGUUUAAUUUUUGAGAUUAUACCAUUGCUUUCCCAUGCUAUAGCAUGGGAAAGACUGAAGAGAAGAAUCUACAAAUAUAUGUAAAUCUCUAGAAUGGCAAUCUCCAACAUAAAUGUUGUAUGAGUCAUAUAUAUGUAUGUAUGUAUGUAUGUGUAUAUGUAUAUAUACAUAUACACAUAAUUUAAAUUUUGAGUAGUUAGCAAAGCAAGUAGGUAAAACUAAUUCUAAUUAUGUUAUCUAGUACUAUAUAUUACUCACUAAGUCAACUAAUAUAAAUGUUUUAUUUAAUAAAUCUUUGAUAUUAAUGUGUAUUUUCCACUAUUAGUACCUCUAAUUUGGAACAGUCUUAUUUCAAGUGUUCAUUGGCCCCAUGGAGCUGGAGGUGGCUGUAGUGGAUAAUGUAGCUAUACCAUGGGAUAAAAGAUGGGAAAUCUGAGAAAGUUACAUGUAUUAGAUAGGGAUGACAUGAAACAAAACUUGUGGCUUCAGGAUCUCUGCUGAACUCUGCUACUCUCAGAGUUUAGUUACUGGUGUUCUGUGGUAGUGGUAGAUGCCAGAUUUACACCAGAAAGCACAGAAAGCAUAUCUCCAGUGACUCUCAACUACAUAAAAAUUGUUCACAGUGGAACUGACCCGUUUGGAUCUAGGAAGAUAAUUUUGUAUUUUCUCUCUGCUCUUUUGUUUUUAUAAAUAAAUCUCCACUAAGCC